CGGUGAUAUCUGCAGCUGAACUUCAAAGACAUGGGACUGUCAGAACAAAGCAGAAGCCUUUGUGAUGAGCUGUGCAGCAGGUCUGGAUGUGAGGAUGGAGAACGCUCUGCUCUGCAUGCUGGCCUUUUUCUUGCUCAGUGCUCUCAUCUAUGAUCAUGCUGAUGCUCAGUCUGAACCAGGAAGAAGAGCCGGCGCUGAAAAGGCAGAUAAACCCAGAGCCUCACUGUCACCAGAGAAAACAAUCCUACCAGCAGGGGGCAGUGUAGAACUACGAUGCUCUGUGUCCAGCUCUGCUGGCUGGAAGUUUGACUGGUUCAGACAGGAGUCAGUGUCUUCUCCAGCUCAGCUCAUCAGAACCAAUGAACCAGAUGGAGUCCUCAGAGUCUCAGAGGGAGGUGUGUACAGCUGCAGAGGAGGAAGAGGAGAUCCAGUUUUCUACACUGAAACCAGCACAGAGGUCACCAUUCAGGAAACUGUUUCUAAGCCGACUGUGAUCCUGCAACCCAACUGGUCUGAGAUAUUCAGAGGAGAGACAGUCACUCUGAGAUGUGAGAUCCAGGGAGGUGGAGGAGCUCAGUGGACGUAUGAAUGGAGAACAAUCUUGUCGACUUAUUAUAAUAAUCUUCACAACACUGAAGACAAGAUCACUCCAGCUGACAGCGGCAGAUACAGCUGUAGAGGAACAAGAAACUAUCUGUUCACACCAUGGAGUGAUGAUAUCUCAGUAACUGUUUCAGAUAAACCCAGAGCCUCACUGUCAGCAGAUAGAACAAUCCUACCAGCAGGGGACAGUGUAGCACUACGAUGCUCUGUGUCCAGCUCUGCUGGCUGGAAGUAUGACUGGUUCAGACAGGAGUCAGUGUCUUCUCCAGCUCAGCUCAUCAGAACCAAUGAACCAGAUGGAGUCCUCAGAGUCUCAGAGGGAGGUGUGUACAGCUGCAGAGGAGGAAGAGGAGAUCCAGCUUUCUACACUGAAACCAGCACAAAGGUCACCAUUCAGGAAACUGUAGCCCCGUCCACUCCUGCCAGGCCUUCAUUUCCUGUUAUGUCGAUUGUUGGACCAGUUAUUGGAGUCAUUCUCAUUAUUCUCCUGCUCUUGCUGUGGCGCUACAGAAAGUCCAAAGAUUUAAACUGCAUCAGACUGAUUCAAUCAGAGAGCAGCAAUCAAACCGCAGCCACCAAUCAUGGAGGGACCCAGACUGAUAGUCCUGUUUACAGCUCACUGCUUCAUGGUGAACCUUCCCUCUAUGAGACGAUCCAUCCCAUCAGAACCUCAGGAAAUGAUGCAGAUGAGUCCCAACAGCUCAAAAACUUAAACAAAGAACUUGAACACUUCAGAAUGAGGGAGAGGCCUCAUCACCCAGCAGAAGGUUCUGUUUACGCCAAUUUUAAUCCAGGACAGGGGAGUCCUGCAGCAACAUAUGCAGCUGUGUAGGCUGGAGGCUGUGAUGGUUUAUUCUGCUGUAUAUUCCAUGAGAUAAAUGCUGUUAUCCUGGAUAAUUAUGUGCCUUUAUUACAAAGAUGUUAGAAAAUAUCAAGGAAGGGACAAUUAAUGAGAAUCGAGAACCUUUUAUUGUCAUCACAUGUUACCAAGUUAAAAUUUUCUUUGAGACAGACACCGGCUCAUGAUGUACAUGGAUACAUGACACAAAGAAAGAGCAGACUUAGUAUUUGGAGGACUGUGUUUUUUUCUCUUAUUUUUUUACAUUAAAGCAAGCAAGUUUGUAUCAUAGCCCAAGCUCAUAUCAGUCCCUUUGUAAAUGAUAUGAAAGGCUGUGAUGCUACAUGAGUGGAUUUCAAAUAUCAGACAUGCCUCCUUAGAUUGUUAUAGCAGUGAGCUGUCUUUUACAUGGAAUGUGUUUAUUGUCUAACAUAUCAAUGAACUGUAAU